AUGCUCUUCUUGGAGCCUGAAGUAGAUUACUUUAGAAUAUGUCUGCAUCAGCUUGCGCUACCCCACGGCAUUUGCCAUGUGAGUUCGCCCAAAAUUUCCUACAGCCGUGAAGCAACGUCGGCAACAUCAGCUGCGGCUGGAGGAACAACGGAGAGGGGAUCCGAUGGGGAAAUCAAUGUCAAUGACUCCAUCCCACUGGAAGAAAGGGCAGAGGUGUUGCAUCGUGCGCUUCUCACUGCCUUCCACCAACGAUUCCCGUACGAAAGUCACGAUACACUUGAGAAUGUGUACGUGCUCGCCGUCACACAUCUUGCGUCUCUGCCCCUCACAGAGACGACGCUGAGCUGCGAGGAGGUUGCAGCGCUGGAAGCUCCUGAGAGUUUUCUUCCACAGGAGUUGCGCUGCCGCACACUCCCGUCACAUCUCAAUGUACUCCUCUCGUCGCGUGCAUCUUCCACCAAUGAUCCUGCACACGUGGAUCAUGCAGAUGAUAAAGGGGGGGAAAAGAAGGAGGCCGGGUUUGCUGGUCGCCGCUACAACGACACGUACUUUAUUUUGGUUCCUGAACUCACACAAGAGCAGCAGCAGCUGUACAAGCAACGUCAGCGGGAUGCAAAUGGGACACGGAACAGACGCGCCGCUUUCGGUGGUCUUGCGCCGUCUGAAGCUGCAGUAGAAGAAUCCGCGACGUGGGACUACGCGACAUCAUCGCCCACUGACGACGUCGUGAGGGUUGGAGAAGGCAUGAUGGGUUUUCGCGUCGUAGACGGCAGCAUGAUGCACUAUGUGGCCGCCACACAUACAACAGCAGACUGUGAUGUGGCUCCGCGAUCUCUCCAGUUCUCCGUUUUUAAAAUGCCAUUAAGCCGCUUCUCGCCAGAGGAGCAGCAGUACUACACUGACAAACGAGAAGAGGUGCGCUUCUGCGGCGAUGCCCUGCUUUCCUCGAACAAAAAAUCACAGUUAUCUACCGCAUUGUCAGGUAGUUACAUGGAGGAGACGAUGCGUCUGAUGCUAAAGACCGAGAUGCCGGAGAGGUACCGCGCCAAGGAUGAUGUGGCCAUGCUGCAGUUUUUUACGAAGUGUAACGCCAUUCUGCGGAGCUACUCCACACCUCCCGCCGCAGCGAAUGAUGCAGCCAAGGAUCAGAAGGCAACAGAGGGUGCGGUACACCCCACCGCUGCCACACAUGAGGCAUCCGAGCCACGACGAUCAGNUAGUGUUGCCGCCUCUGCGCUUGGUGUCCGCCGCUUGGUGUAUUCUUUCGCCCCCUGCGACUGCUACCACCUCGUCACAGAUGACAACAACCCGCUCUAUUACGCCAAGUCAAGCCGUGCGGCUUACGAGGCACGCACGGUGAGUAUCACGCUUGUAUCAGACUCAACAGAGGCGCCCUGGUCUUCACCCACAAUUUCGCUCGUUCGCCACACGAACGCGGCCACGCAGCAAGCAGGAGCAAUCGGUGGGGGCGUUGGGUUGGACGGGCUCGUGGCGUCCAAUCAAGUGUCCCGUGCAGCGUCACCUGAUCCGGUUGGCGCGGUAAGAAAGUCUGGUGCCCAUAACAAUGACAGAAGUCCAUCUCCGCAGCCGUUUCUCCCAAUGCGGAGGAAGGGCCCGAGCGCUACACGUGCCUCUUUUGACCAACUCAUAUCGAAAACCGACGGGUUUCUGCGUCUCACAACGUCUUUGUCCUGCAAUGACGUCUCCGGCAAUCCGAAACAUAGGAAAGAAAGCCUCCUGGAAAAGGGCUUGUCUCUCUCCGAGCAGCAGCAGCAGCAGCAGUCCAGUGGGGCCAACGCCUCAGUGGGUGGUAGAAGCGCGAUGGAACAUGCGCAGAGAAGUGGUGCAGUGGUCAAUCUUUUCCGUCUCCUUUCUACGUCCUCGGCCGCCCAGCAUCAGCUGCGUCAUGGUACGAUUCGUCCAAUCAUUUCUGUGGCUGUCCUAGACAAGGGGGAACGUCCAUUGGGGAAUGUUUUGAUGGGCGACGACUCAGAGGUACUCGCGUGUCAUGGUCUCCUUGAUCACACUUGGUACUCGAUUCCGGUUCAGCCGCUCCCAAAGUUGCAGGACGACGUGCAAUGGAUGCCCGUUGUGUUUGGUAGCACGGAUUGCAUUAGCGAUGUUGGCUAUCGAACCGCAAUGCAGAUGGGCUUCUUCCCAAAAAAGCAUGACGCUGACCAACACGUGGCCAACAAUCUCAAAACGGCAAGUGGAGUUCUUCCGACCGUGGAAGAAGCCAGGCGUUCUCUCACCGCUGCCCAAGAACACAGAAGCGCGUUGGCACCACGAGACCCAAAUGUGGUAAUGGAAAAAUCAGACAAUGCCCAAAAACGAAGCGGUACUGCUUCAACCUCGGCACCAUUUGGCACUAGCAGCGAUGAGAAGCCUGCCAGUGUUUCCGCUCGAAGGGGCGGCGUCGCCAUGACGUUUGGCACGGGCAACGAUGAGAAGCCCGCCGGUGUUUCCGCUCGAAGGGGCGGCGUCGCCAUGACGUUUGGUGUUGAAAACAGAGAUGCAGGUUUUUUGGCGCAACCGAGUGAACGGGAGGAGGCUAUUGGAAGAAGGGCAACGAUGGGUGGCGGUGUUGAUGAAAUGGAGUGGCGUCGAUCCGUCUCCUACCGCUCGCCGAAUGCGCAGCGGCCUACUGUGUCAGACCGUACUGUCCUUGGGCAAACCGGUCCCGUUUCGGCGGUUGAAGGAGAUCGGAGCCCGAUAUUGUUCAGCAGCACCGCAAGGCCUCAUAUGUGCGUUGGGGGUGCGGGGUCGUUAGCCGCUGUUGAUGGCAUGGCUCCGUCCGACGAUGUCCGUGAGGCGCCGGCGGACCGCUGGCGGGCGUCGUCGCCAGGCCCCGUGUUUGGUGAGGCCAGCACUGCCAACACGGCGAGGUAUUGUGGACGCCGCUUCAGUGGGGAUCAGCGAUUCGGCACUGGCAGGGCAGCGGUGGCGCGCGAGGACUCACCGGUGCCGGGGUUUGGCGGGCUGUCGCAUUCGAGGCCUACAACAACGCUGGACCCGUUUGCGAAAGUAUCUCAUCGCCUUAGUCCACGUCCAGCCGCUGGCACACCACAACAGCCGAUACGGAGAGACACACACUUCUACGCACCGCUCAGUGACCGGUGGCAAAGCAACGACAUGGGUGGCGAUCUGCGUCGCUCGGGCGUUCCAGAGCAACGAUGCGGGAGCGUUUGGAGGCCUUCAUCAUUUGGUGGCCCUUUAUCGCACGGGGUAUCGGAUCCACUCGCAUCGCCCGUUUCUACCAUGUCGCGUAGUGGCCUUUUGGCAGGCGACGAAACCAAUCCGUAUGCGAGAAGAGGGACUGGAGGCCGUGCUCCUGACGUAUUUCAUGGUUUUCAUCAAGGUUCAACAUUUGGCCGCUCAAACCCCACCACCCCUCUUAGGCAUGGUAUGGCAGCCGGAAGCCACCACAGCAGCACGUUUGGUUCUUUCGGCGGCGGCAGAAGCAACGGUAACUGGAACCGCUCAGGAACUGCAUCCAGCCGAAUAUUUGAUAGGGUAGGCAUCUUGUAUGACAAUGGNGUGUCCCGCAUGCCUAUUAUUGACGAGUACGAUUAUCCACCGAAAGGUAGUCGUGUUCGGCCGCGUGGUGUGCAGGCGAUGGACAUGGCGGGGUCACGCCAGUGGAGCAUACCCAAUGUGGUGCCGCGCACCUCGCGUGUCACCCCUGCGUCUCGUAGUCGUGUUCGACCGGUUUCUUCACGUGUUGGAUAUGGUGCAAUGCCGUGGCGUAACACAACCACGACGGGCGUCAGCGCACCAAGGCGAGGUCUUCCUGUGAGCAGGCCGCCGUUGGCGCCGGCUAAACGCACAACUUCUUACACCACAGCCGGCACAUCAACAGGAUUGCGCAGCACGGUGACUCCUUCCGCGGUUCGAGGUCUCACAUUGCGGGAACGGGUGCGUCUGCGUCAGCAGCAGCAGCGCCGUGAGGCGAACCUGGAAGCCUUCGAUAAUGACCUGUAUGAAAACUACUGUAUGGGAAACGAUACCAAGCGGCCACGGGUAGAGUGUGGUCGCCCCCUUCCUGUAGAUAUCGGCGCUGCUGCCAACGUCCCCGAGAAUAUUGGUGUCCAUGUGCAAGACGGCAGUGGAACGGGGCCAAUAGGAACUGCUAAGGAAACAGUCUCGGAUGCGGGGAUUUUAACAUCGGUAUCUGUGCAAUCGUACAGUCAAGAGGCCAGUCGUCUGAAGUCUCUCACAGCACCUUUUGUNGAAGCCGACGGUGUUAAUGUCUCAUUUUGCCUUCGUGACUUGGCAAACGCAUUCCUUAGCAUGCCGAAGGGGUCACCCAAAGAGUAUGACCUCACCAAAGCAGCGUGGCUGGAUGAUGGAGCUUCGUAUUUUGUCUCUGCCAAGCCUACGCGGUUCCGUGGUGGGUGGGAGAGCUAUCUGCAGCAUCUGAAUCUAUAUCAACAACCCUUCUACUUGAGGGAGAAGGCCCUAAUAUUCGUUCUGCGCGUCCCGUAUCAACCACAGCUCCGUGUUUGCGUCGCGGUGCACAACCUAGAUGACUUUAUCGCAGUUCUGCAGCAGCGGCCGCUACGACAGAUUGUGCUGACGAAGGAAGAGAAAUGGAUACGGGAGCGGCUCUACGGCGCUGAGUCCGAGAACUAUAAUCCGCAGACUCAAACAAAGGUCCGUAAAGUAGGGUAUAUGGACGCACUCAUGCAGCGCCUGCACGUGAAAAAGAGAUCUGGAACCGUGAAGGCGUCAAGCAAUGAGGAGGAGGAACAACAGCAGAAAGGUGGAUGGAAACCGGUGACGUGGCUCCAGCGUUUGGCGUUGUUGCGUCUUCAAGCAGUGGCCACAGUGCGUGGCCACGCCUGGAAGACCUGCACAACGCCGCUCCUGACGGACCCAACUUUCCUGCAGGCACGUAUGUCCUUCCUGUCGAAUCGCACUGCCACAUAUGCUGCUCUGCGGCACCGGCUAAACACACUUCAAGCUUUUUCCGUCAGUUGGGCGAAGAAACAAAAGGCGGAGGCUGCGCAGCGGCAAGUGCACAUGAUACAGGACCGCAUCAGAAGCACAAGUUCGGUUGAGCUGGGGCUCGGACCGUCCACUCAACAGAGCAGUGUGACACCGCAGUGUUCGGGGGCAACGCGCACCCCUGCCACUACCCCCGGGAAUAUCCCAGCGGCGAGAAAGCCGCGUGUGCCAUUCCGCGUGAACCGCAUUGGAGAUGGGUCGGCAACUGCACUCCGCCGCCCGUUUCAGACACACCAUUCCACGGAGCCAACAGGGUCUGCAGCAAGAACAAAGACAAUGGCAGCAGCAGCGGGGCUGGCGGCGGCGCGGACAAAUACCGAUGCACGGACAGAGAUGCAGACGCCUGGCAGGUCUACCAUUGCACCGUAUGCGUCGUCAGUUAGCUUGUCUCCGCUCAAGUCACCCGCACCAUCAUCAACGUCGGUGCCAGCGGGAGCCACAGGCUCAAUCGUGCCUCGUAAUGGCGAGGGUGAAGCAUUAAUACGGGCCGCCGAGAGCAUUGCAGCCAAAACAAACUUCGCGACUGAGGUGCUGCCGCCGCCUAUGAUGACAAUUUUAAGGUUCGUCUCUUCACGCGAGCAAAAGGACCGGCAGCAGCAGACUUUCAAUGCUUGCUCCACACAGACGUCUUCUUCGCAAACGGCUAAUCCUGUUUUUGCGGGUCUGCUGCCGACGCCGACAGAGAUUCACCGUCAAGGUGAGUGCUUUGAUGUUAGCGCGUCUCACCUUUUGCAGCUGCUGCAGUGGCAAUGGGAAUAUCAUCAGAACUGCUAUGAAAUGCUACCGCUUCCCAUCUUCUGUGGGGCCUUUGUGGCCCCCACAGCAGCGUAUUUUGGUGUUAUUGAAGAAACAAGGAACAAAGAAAAGGGAUUGGGUAUCAGUCCAUUGUCGCGUUCUUUGUUGCUCGCUCUCACCAAGUGGGGAUGGCUGGUGCCAAUAGACUAUGAGGCGUCGAGGAGUGAUGCACGCCUUCAUUUCGUAACAGAAGGUCAUGCGUCUUCCUUAUUUGGGCUGCGUCUCGGGGUGUACAGUGGUGCAUUGUGGCAGUGGCUGCUUGUGGUUACAUUAUGGCGCGAUCAGGCGCUAUGGCUCGCUCUGAUAUAUAUUGUGUACCGCUGUUUCCUGGUCGCCAUCCAAGGUGUUCUGGGUGGCUUUUCUCAGUGGCCUGUGGCCCUUGAUGCUGCCACCUCCAUCGUGUACAAACAGUCUGAGGCCGCGGUGGAGGCGAUGCUAGAAAGCCGACAGCACUUCCGCACACAAUUGCUUGCCACACGCAUUCUCCAGGCGCAGCACUACGUUCACAAUGUCUUGAGCCGCGCCUCUAUGCUUUUGCAGGGUUACUCACCCAUUCUUUCGCUCAUCAUUGGCUCCGAAGUUUUCCUCAUAUGGAUCCUUUUCAUGUGCUACAGCUACGCUGUUUGCCAUCUCUUUUCGUCACAUAUCAUGUCCAAUGGUGUCAUUGUGUUCUUGUCGCGGUUUCUACAGCCAUUUUCCUUUUUGUGUGAGUACGAUGCGGCCAAGUGGUUCAUCUCCUUCGCCCAACCGAGCGCUGGUGUUGAAGACAUAUUUGGUUUUUUGAUGGUGUUGUACUUCCUUUGGAGUGUUGUGCCUCGUUCGCCGUUGCGUUUGAUGUGGCACGCAACGUGGCAACUCUUUCUGCACGAUGACGCACUUGUUCGCCGUCCUGUGUUGUCCUUCUAA